GGCGGGGUUAACAGUAACUAAUGCAAUUCUAGCACCCCUAUGUGGUGACGAAGGAUUAUUGUCAGCACAUGGUUGAAAAUAUUUGGUCGUGGUUUAGUGAAUGGCGUUGGAAAUUAAAACUUAUCCGAGACUUUGGCAUAUCGGCAUUAUCGCACGUGCAAAAGGUAAUGUAACUAGGUAUUGGCCUGCGUUGGUUAAACUGGUUUGAAUGGUUAAUAUGGUUCAAAGGUGCAACAAGUUGCGGAGAUCAACCAGGGUAUUGUCCCUUCAAAUAUUGCUUCAAUCGGAGAUGAAACGUACCGUGGGCGUGGCUCCCUCUUUUAUUUUGGACUAGCUAAAUAACCUUGGCCGCAGCUAAAUCAGGUGAGGCUGCACUCAUUCACCACGAAAAUUCUGAUGAGGAUGACUAAAACGCCAGUGAUCACAGCUCCAGCCCAAGGAGUAAGGGGGAUAUGAACCACAGUUGCUCAAACGCGUCGGAUCCAGUGUGGUCGGCAAACGGGAAGACGGACUCUACAAAACAUGCUGCUGAUUUCCCCUCACUUUGCGAAAACGUACACGAAAAUGUUACACAACUGGUGGUCACAUGUGAUGCGAGCCCAUGCCGAAUUGAAUUGGAGGCCAUGAGGGUUAGCGGGCUCUCCGUUGGAUCUCAUCCCGACGAGGAGUCGAUUUGCUCGGACAGUGGGUUCGGAGGCUCCCCCGCGUCUCUUCUACUCAGAAAGCUGUCAAACGCCUCAUCGUCUGGGUUGUCACCAGCCUCGUCUUUUGAAGAAAAUGAGAACGACCGCGGCUGUCCUGAUGAAGUCCCCCGGGUGAGUGUGCGUGGGAUAGGUGGUCAUGAUAAUGAUAUCAUGCUUUAUCAGCUGCCAUAUGAUUGGACCAAUCAACAUGAGUCUAUGUAACAUUCUGCUCAGGAAGAUGCAUGUCAUUAGAUUAUAUCAUACUAAACCAUCUUUGAUUGUAUGAUUAGAACUGGCUUUGGUUCAACAGUUCUGCUUAGUUUAGUCUGAACUGCUGGAAAUGAGGGCAAUGUGUGGGACUUCUGCAGUCCCAGUAAAUCUCAAUCUGUCAUGUUGCCUGUAAAUCUUAUGUAUUUUUACUGCUGUGGAAGCACUAGUGCUGUGUGGAUCUGUAAACACUGACACAGAAACCACACUAAGUCCACACUGUAAACACUCACACAGAAACUCUAAACACUUGUAUCCUAGGUGCCCACUCUCCCUACCCCCUCUCCUCAUCCCUCUGUACACAGACAGAGGCUCAAAGCCUGACACUGUAUAGGCUGAGCUGGGGAUAGGAUAGUUUUAUCACAGAUAGAACAAUGAGCCACAGGCCUCCCGAGUGGCACAGUGGUUUAAGGCAGUGCUAGAGGCGUCACUACAGACCCAGGUUUGAUCCCAGACCGGGAGACCCAUGAGGCAGCGCCCAAUUGGCCCAGCGUCGUCCGAGUUAGGUGAUGGUUAGGCCGGCCGGGAUGACGUUGGCCCAUCGCUCUCUAGUGACUCCUUGUGGCGGGCCGGGCAUGCACGCUGACUUCGGUCGCCAGUUGUACUGUGUUUCCUCCUACACAUUGGUGUGGCUGGCUUCCGGGUUAAGCGAGCAGUGUGUCAAGAAGCAGUGCGGCUUGGCAGGGUCAUAUUUCGGAGGACGCAUGGCUCUCGAUCUUCGCCUCUCCCGAGUCCGUACGGUAGUUGCAGCAAUGGGACAAGACUGUAACCACCAAUUGGAUAUCACAAAAAAGGGGUAAAAAGUACCCAAAAAAUUAAAAUAAUGAUAGAACAAUGAGCCAGAUAUUUCACCGGAUGUAUUAGCUCAUUUUCUCAUCGGUGAAACAUUUGAUCUCAAUACAGUUUUCUGUUCCCAAAACUAGAAUCUGUUACGAACAGAGUAAGUUUGUAGAUUUUAUCCGUUGCAAAGUUUUUAAAAAUUGCAAUGUUUAGAAGAAGUGCAAGGGAGAAUUGAGUUAUUGCACUCGCGCACUUCACAGAGAAGGCGCCAAUAGGAUCUUGCUAGCUCGUGCUUGGCUCUGCCCCCCUACUUGCUUGUUCUGCCCACUGACUCAUUUGUUCCUAUUGAAAAUGACAGGCUGUGGUCUAUCUUGGGUUAGUUAUACAAAUCUUUGGUUUUGUCAUGCUAGUAGGCCUAGAUACAUAACCUUUUAGGGCAUUAGAGUAUUAGACUGUGUGGAUAAUAUUAGAGAUUGGACAAAGAUGGGACAAUCAUUCUUUGAAAUCUCAUUGUAUUUAUAUGGAAAACAUGUAGUCUAGGCAACUAAGGUUUGAAGUACAGUAAGGUUUUGUCAACUCAACUUGAGGUGUAGCCUCCUUGCCAGGGGGUUUUGUAAUGUUUAGUUUCAGGUGUAGCUGCAGGCCACUGCAUACAUAGAGAACAGGUUGGGCAAGUAUUUCCACAGAUCCCCAUCUGUACAUAUUGUCAGGGGACACGUUUAGAGUAUUGUCAAACUACAGAGACGUAGAGCAUAAGAAUAGAAAGUCAACGAAACAGAGAGAGAGAGAGAGAGAGAGAGACAUGUUAGGGCCUUUAUUUUAAAAAAAACAUUGGCGAUGUAACAAUAGGAGAGUGCUGCCGACAGUUCCCUAUGAAAUGACCCGCUGUAAAGAAGCAAAACAUAGCAGCGAAUUUAACAGAUGUUUUUAUUGAUUAGCAUUCAUGAAAAUGUUAAUCCAAGUCUGUACUGUGUUGUGGUGUCAACAAAUUGCAUGUCUGCUUUCACUGGACAUCUUCAUAGGUUUUGAAAACCAUGAGAAAUAAACAACACAACGCGCGGCAGUGGCAAUUAUCACUUAGCAACGGCUAUGGAGGAAAAAGUGGCACUGAACAUUCAGACAGAAAUACUUUAACGUGUGUUGUGGUCCAGAAUUUUCUCAAGUUCAUCACAGCUUUGAACAAAACAAGACCAGCAGCCUGUAAAUGUUUGAACGUGUGCAGCUGUUGCACAAGAUCCCAGCCCAACCCCUACAACAUGUCUUGGCUCAGUCUGGUGGCCAAUGGCAGUUUCCAUAGAGACUAUCGGCCAUAGGUCAGAAAGUUGUGUGAUUGAGUCUGAAGUCUGAGGUUGUCGCUCUCAUGACAGUGUCUCUCAGUGGAGUCACAGGAGAGCAGGACAGACAAACAGUAGUGAAAGAAAGCUAGAGGUGUUGUACUGCACACUAAGGAAUGGGGUUGUGAGGUGUACUUGCACGAUUGAUUGGUCUCCCCAUGCAGAGCGUCACAUGGAAGAAACCCAGAAGCACAGGGACCUUGUCUCCCCUCUCAGUGCCCCCCAAGAAGCCACAGCCCUGGGUGCAAGUGGUCGGACAUGCAGGUUGGUUCUUUCUCUGUCUGAAUUUAUUUAUUUAAUUGAUAAACUUCUGCCUUUCUGUAUUGUGAAGUUAGUCUUUCUUGCUGUCUUACUGCUAAUAGAAGAUGGCUGUGUAGUACCAAUGUGUUUUGAGGGUAUAAAAUGCCUCGUCUCUUGCCCCCUCUCGUGGCUGGUGGUCCAGGGAGCUUCCAUGCAGGGGACUAUGGGAUGCUGCUGAAGCGCUACACUGAGGGGGAGCAGCAGUGCCUGCAGAGGCUAAUGGAGGACUCUCUGAGACCCUUUGUGCCAGGCUACCACGGAGUGGUGCAACGGGCCGGGCAGGACUACAACAUGAUGGACGACCUGCUCACACACUUCAACUCCCCUGCCAUCAUGGAUUGCAAGAUGGGCACCCGGUGAGUGAGACUGUAAUUUAGAGACACUGGGGGCUGGUUUACCCUGACCCAGAUUAAACCAACCUCUUGACUAAAAAGUCCAGGAAUAGGCAAACUGGAAAGUAUUCAGACCCCUUCACUUUUUCCACAUUUUGUUACGUUAUAGCCUUAUUCUAAAAUGUAUUAAAAACAUUUUUUUCCUCAUCAAUCUACACACAAUACCCCAUAAUGACAAAGCGAAAACAGGUUUUUAGAAAGUUUUACAAAACCCCCCAGAAAUACCUUAUUUACAUAAGUAUUCAGACCCGUUGCUAUGAGACUCGAAAUUGAGCUCAGGUGCAUCCUGUUUCCAUUGAUCAUCCUUGAGAUGUUUCUACAACUUGAUUGGAGUCCACCUGUGGUAAAUUCAAUUGAUUGGACAUGAUUUGGAAAGGCACACACCUGUCUAUAUAAGGUCCCACAGUUGACAGUGCAUGUCAGAGCAAAAACCAAGCCAUGAGGUCGAAGGAAUUGACUGUAGAGCUCCGAGACAGGAUUGUGUUGAGGCACAAAUCUGGGAAAAGGUACCAAAACAUUUCUGCAGCAUUGAAGGUCCCCAAGAACACAGUGGCUGCCAUCAUUCUUAAAUGGAAGAAGUUUCGAACCACCAAGACUCUUUCCUAGAGCUGGCUGCCCGGCCAAACUGAGCAAUCGGGGGAGAAGGGCCUUGGUCAGGGAGGUGAUGGUCACUCUGACAGAGCUCUAGAGUUCCUCUGUGGAGAUGGGAGAACCUUCCAGAAGGACAACCAUCUCUGCAGCACUCCACCAAUUAGGCCUUUAUGGUAGAGUGGCCAGACGGAAGCCACUCCUCAGUAAAAGGCACAUGACAGCCCGCUUGGAGUUUGCCAAAAGGCACCUAAAGGACUCAGACCAUGAGAAACAAGAUUCUCUGGUUUGAUGAAACCAAGAUUGAACUCUUUGGCCUGAAUGCCAAGCGUCACGUCUGGAGGAAACCUGGCACCAUCCCUACGGUGAAGCAUGGUGGUGGCAGCAUCAUGCAGUGGGAAUGUUUUUCAGCGGCAGGGACUGGGAGACUAGUCAGGAUCGAGGGGAAAAAUGAAAGAUGAACAGAGCGAAGUACAGAGAGAUCCUUGAUGAAACCCUGCUCCAGAGCGCUCAGGACCUCAGACUGGAGCGAAGGUUCACCUUCCAACAGGACAACGACCCUAAGCACACAGGCAAGACAAUGCAGGAGUGGCUUCAGGACAAGCGUCUGAAUGUCCUUGAGUGGCCCAGCCAGAGCCCAGACUUGAACCCGAAAAAAAACACCUCUGGAGAGACCUGAAAAAAGCUGUACAGCGACGCCCUCCAUCAAACCAGACCGAGCUUGAGAGGUUCUGCAUAGAAGAAUGGGAGAAACUCCCCAAAUACAGACGUGCCAAGCUUGUAGCGUCAUACCCAAGAACACUCAAGGCUGUAAUCGCUGCCAAAGGUGCUUCAACAAAGUACUGAGUAAAGGGUCUGAAUACUUAUGUAAAUGUGAUGUUUCAGUUUUUACUUUGUCAUUAUGGGGUAUUGUUUGUAGAUUGAGGGGAAAAUUCCAUUUUAGAAUAAGGCUGUAACAAAAUGUGGAAAAAGUAAAGGGGUCUGAAUACUUUCCGAAUGCUCUGAAUAAACCAAAGCAUAUGAUAUUUUUAGAACUACUUUUCAGUAGUUAAAAAUUACACAAAAUGCACACCAGGUCACCCUCCCAAAAUAGUUAAUUUGGACUGGACACUAAACUCCAGAAAAAUAGGAUGUGGAGAUGUUUUCUUUUUGUUCAUGUUCUUAGUAUCUCAUGUGAGCUGCACUGCAAUUCAGUUUUCUGUAUUGUAAAAUGCUAAAGUGCACCAGUGUAAAGGCCUAAAAUGUAGUCCUCUAAACCCAUUUGAAGAGAAACCAAGUUAUUAAUGUGUUUUGAUAAGAUUAGAUUCUCUCAAAGGACAUUAUAUAUAUUUCAGGGGACCCACAUGGGUCCCCGAACCCACGUUUGGGAACCACUGUACUACUAACCUCUCUCUCUGCAUGCCUCCUGCAUUUCAGCUUGCCAUUGUCUGUCUCACUACUCUCUGUAAAGCAAAGUUAUUUUGUGAGAAUUUAUAGUAGCCUAUUUUUUAAGAUUAUAGCUAGCUUAAUUUCACUCAACUGCUCCAGCUGAGGUCAGGCUCCAUCUAACGUUAGCAUCUAAUGUCAUCCUUCUAGCCAGCUAGUUAUACAGUGAGCCAUCUGGCUAACAGUAGCCAGGGCCCCCCCGUUAGCUAGCCAUCUGACUGAAAUAUCAGCGACUAUUUACCAGUUGUACACUCAUUCUCUGAGAGUCUUUUUUUGUCUGUCUUGACACGGCUGGAGUAAAGGAACAUUUAAAAAAAAAACGCCAUAAGCCUCCCGAGUGGCACAGCGGUCUAAGGCACUGCAUCGCAGUGCUUGAGGCGUCGUGUGUUCGAUCCCGGGCUAUGUCGCAGCCGGCCGUGACCGGGAGACCCAUUUGGCCCAGCAUCGUCCGGGUUAGGGGAGGGUUUGUCCCAUCGCGCUCUUGCGACUCCUGUGGAGGGCCGGGCGCAUGCACGCUGACUCAGUCGCCAGUUAUAUAGUGUUUCCUCCGACACAUUGGUGCGGCUGGCUUCCGGGUUAAGCGAGCAGUGUGUCAAGAAGGAGUGCGGCUUGGCAGGGUCGUGUGUCUGAGGACGCAUGGCUCUCGAACUUCGCCUCUCCCGAGUCCGUACGGGAGUUGCAGCGAUGGGACAAGACUGUAACUACCAAUUGGAUAUCACAAAAUUGGGGAGGAAAAGGGGUAAAAAAAAAAAAAAAACACCCCUUAUGUGCGGCAUUUUGCAAGACCAUUGUCAGCGGCGUCUCUCUCUGCCACUUGCCAGCGUUGGUCUGGGCAGAGGUGGUUUGUUUCACAUCUAGGCCUGUGCCUUGUGCGGAGUUUGCCGUUGGGCAGAGUGGUGAAUGAAUGCGCUGCUAACAAGGCACAUCAUGGGGUAGCAGGCGAGCAUACCUGAAUUAUGAUUUCACUCUUUCGCAGAGGCAGGCGCGAUUAGAAUAUUAGCGUUCUGAGCUUUGAUCAACGUAAUAAUAAUAAUAAUAAGUAGGUACACUAUAAUUAACAAAAUAAAAAGGUUAGUAAACACUUUACGUGCGUUUAGCCUCCGCUACAUCCCUGCUUGUGGUCCGUAUGCAUGUAAUAUUGAGCUGUCUGCUCUGUUAGGACAUACUUGGAGGAGGAGCUGGCGAAGGCUCGGGAGCGGCCCCAGCCUCGUCAGGACAUGUAUGAGAAGAUGGUGGACGUGGACCCAGAGGCCCCCACUGCAGAGGAGCGAGCCCUACAGGCAGUACUCAAGACCAGAUACAUGCAGUGGAGAGAGACCCUGAGCUCCACCACCACUCUGGGCUUCCGCAUCGAGGGAUUCAAGGCACGGACACACACACACACACACACACACACACACACACACACACACACACACAGCCUGGGGCAAGUGAACUGAGUAAGUUGAGCCUGCUCUGAGGUUGCCCAGGUGUAAAAAAAUAAAAUAAAACAUGAAAACCUUCUGGUUCAUCCACAUUGUUUAAGUCACAUGUGUCAAACACAAGGACACAUUUCUAUCAGGCAGCAAGCAUUGCCAAUGUGCUGCGUGCCAAACGGCAGUGCAUUGCCACACAUGCCCCUCCUCCCAGACCCACACACAUGAGCCAGCCAGUGUGCUGUUUAAUAUCAGUACUCAUGACACUGACCGAAUCUUCUACCUGCUAAAUGUCAAUGCUAAGUUUCGGUUCCAACGGGUCAUUGCUGUACAAAUGUCCCCUUGGUUGUCAAAAAGUUAGUAGGCUAGAUAAAGGAUUCACACGCUAGUAUAAAUUACUACUGUAGGACACAUGCAAGUAUAAAUGAGUCGACAAUUGUCAUCUACUUUAUGAAAUUACAGCCUGAAUUCAACUCGUCUUUCACGCGCAGUGGAGUGAAAGUGUACAGACACAUGCCACAGUCCUAGCUAGGCUACUAAAAUGUUGGGGUCUGGCUUCAGUUUUUAAAGCUUGACAAUGAAUAACCAAAAAACCAAACCUACAACAAAACACCAAUGCGAAAGAGAAACAUGUAGGCCUAUUACAGCAACAUUUGAGCAGUAGCCUAGGCUGCCUACUCAACUGCAAGAAGUUGAGCGCACCAUACAGCAAUGCUGCAUACAACCACACCCAUGAUCCAUGCAGUGCAAUUUAAAACAUGUUUUAAGUUAAUGUUAUAACAACCUAGCUAUGUUUUUAAUUGGAGUCUUUAAAUACAUUUUGAUUAGGGUAGCAGCAAAGGCUGGACAAAUAUUAGCCUAUUUCUCUUCUUUUGUUUUAUUUAUGUUAAAAUGCCAUAUACAGCAUCCUAUGUACGUUUAUAAGACAUUGUAAAGGGACAUAUUAUUUUUAAUGAAACAAUGGCCAGUUUGGGUAGCAGUUGUAUGCACGUUUAUAUGUAAAAACAAACAGGCUAUGUCUGGCCCGCGAAUUCAUUGUUUUUUCAAUAUGGCCCGUGCGGUGAUUGAGUUUGACGCCCCUGGUUUAAGUGAAGUAUGUAAAAGUUGAGACUGCUCUGUGGUUUCCCCAUUAGGCAGGGGAUUUCUUUAAAAAUGAAAACAACCAAACUGCAAAUAAUUCCAGUAGCCUAACAUACACUCACUCCCCUAAGCAUUUAUUUGGACGGUGAAGCUAAAAUGUUUAAUUUGGCUCUAUACUCCAGCAUUUUGGAUUUGAGGACGUUUUUCAUAUUAGGCGACAGUACAGAAUGUCACCUUUUAUUUGAGGGUAUUUACAUACAUAUCCAUUUUACCGUUUAGAAAUGAAAGGACUUUAUAUAUCUAGCUACCAUCUAGAAGGAGGAGACUGUACAUGUGCUUCAAAGUUGGGAUCAAGAGACUGAUAAACAGCUUCUAUCACCAGGCCAUCAGACUGCCUCCGCCCAGUAGCCUGCCCUGAACUUUAGUCACUGUUACUAGCCGGCUACUUCCCGGUACUCAACCCUGCACCUUAGAGACUGCUUUCCCUAUUUACAUAGUCAUUGAACACUGGUCACUUUAAUACUGUUUACAUACCGUUUUACCCACUUUAUGUGUAUAUACUGUAUUCUAGUCAAGGCUCAUCUUAUAACUACUGCUGUACACACCUUUUUCUAUUCAAGUACUGUCCAUACUAUCUCUACAGUGCCUUCAGAAAGUAUACAUUUGAUCAAAUCAAAUACAGAAAGAUCUAAUUUACAUAAGUAUUCACACCACUGAGUCAAUACAUGUUAGAAUCUUUGGCAGCGAUUACAGCUGUGAGUCUUUUCUGGGCAAAUCUCUAAGAGCUUUGCAUACCUGGACUAUACAAUAUUUGCCCAUUUAUCCUUUUUUAAAAAUUCUUUAAGCUCUGUCAAGUUGGUUGUUGAUCAUUGCUAGACAGCCAUUUUCAAGUCUUGCCAUAGAUUUUCAAGCAGAUUUAAGUAAACUGUAACUAGGCCACACAGGAGCAUUCAAUGUUGUCUUGGUAAGCAACUCCAGUGUAUAUUUGGCCUUGUGUUUUAGGUUAUUGUCCUGCUGGAAGGUGAAUUUGCUUAGCUAUAUUCCGUUUAUUUUUAUCCUAAAUAGCUCCCUAGUCCUUGCCGAUGACGAUCAUACCCAUAACAUGAUGCAGCCAAUACCAUGUAUGAAAAUAUGAAGAGUGGUACUCAGUGACGUGUUGGAUUUGCCCCAAACAUAACGCUUUGUAUUCGGGACAUAAUGUUUUUAAUUUUUACCCAUCUACCAAUGGGUGCCCUUCUUUGCGAGGGAUUGGAUUGGGAAACCUCCCUGGUCUCUUUGGUUGAAUCUGUGUUUGAAAUUCACUGGUCGACUGAGGGACCUUACAAUUAUCUGAAUGUUUGGGUACAGAGAUGAGGUAGUCCAUAAAAAAAUCGAUUAAAAAAAUGGUCUGUAACACAACAAAAUGUGUAAAAAGUCAAGGUGUGUGAAUACUUUCUGAUGUCACUGUAGAUGGAUAUAUAUAAAAUGCCUUCAAAGUAUUCACACCCCUUGACUUUUUCCACAUUUUGUUGUCACUGGCUUACACACGUGAUGUCAAAGUGGAAUUAUGUUUUUAGAAAUUAAUUAAAAGUGAAAAGCUGAAAUGUCUUGUCAAUAAGUAUUCAACCCCUUUGUAAUGGCAAGCCUAAAUAAGUUCAGGAGUAGAAAUGUGCUUAACAAGUCACAUAAUACGUUGCAUAGACUCACUCUGUGUGCAAUAAUAGGGUUUAACAUUAUUUUUUUAAUGAAUACCUCAUCUUUGUACACCACACAUACAAUUAUCUGUAAGGUCCCUCAGUCGAGCAGUGAAUUUCAAACACCAAUUCAACCACAAAGACAAGGGAGGUUUUCCAAUGCCUCGCAAAGAAAGGCACCUAUUGGUAGAUGGGUAUUCAAAAAAAAAAAGCAGACAUUGAAGAUCCCUUUGAGCAUGGUGAAUGUAUUAAUUAGACUUUGGAUGGUGUAUCAAUACGCCCAGUCACUACAAAGAUACAGGCGUCCUUCCUAACUCAGUUGCCGGACAGAAAGGGAACCGCUCAGGGAUUUCACCAUGAUGUGACAGAUUUUGAGUGUAUGAACAAUACUCCAUCACCUAUUCUGCCUUCCUCUUGUGAUGAUUUGGUUAACUUUAAUAGCAAAUGAAGGGCAACCAUUGAUGCCAUAGCUCCAGUAAAGUUGAAAAAGGCCACAUCCAAACGGAAAGCCCCUUGGAUGAGUAAGGAAACUAAUGCAUUAAAGAGCAAUUGCGGAAGUGGAGAAAGGCAAAAGUUGCAGGUACAUUAUGAUAUUCUGAGAGAGCAACUUGGCAUAUAUAUCAAGGCAAUUAGAAAUGCCAGAUGGGCUCAUUUUUCUAACGUGAUCACUAAUGAUCAGAAUACUUUGAGUGCUUUACUCAACCAUUGGUCUGAUACAUCCUACCCCCGCAAACCUAUGUGAACUUUCCUCCACAUCUAAAUGUGAUGAGUUUGCGAUAUAUUUCAGAGAUAAGAUAAAAAAAAUUUGGCUGGGUAUCAGUCAAGCAAGACCUGAUGAGGAGUUUGACCUGUGCCCUACUCUACCACACGAAGGCACUAUGAAUGUAUUUUCUCUGGUUGACACAGACAUGCUCAGGAAAGUGAUAUCACAACUUAAGCCUUUUACCUGCCUUCUCGAUCCUAUCCCCACCACCUUCUUCAAAACAGUUUUUAAUUGCAUAUCUGAAGUGCAAGCUAUUGUUAAUCACUUCCUGUUCACAGGCAAUUUCCCCACUGUACUAAAAACUGCUAUGGUGAAAUCCCUUCUGAAGAAAAUCUAGAUUCUUCAGCUCUUAGCAAUUUUCGGCCAAUCUCCAACCUUCCAUUCUUAAGCAAAAUUCUGGAGAAAUUGUUUUUCAAACAGCUAAAUUGUGCCAACUGUAUUUUUGAAAAAUUCCAAUCUGGUUUUGGGGUCCGGUACUGUUCAGUUUAUAUGUUACCCCUUGGCAGCGUUAUCAGAUACACAGCUUUACAUUUCUGUCACCAGAGGAUUUUAGCUCCAUGGAUAAAUUAUUAAUCUGUAUUAUUAGUAAUUUAAAUACUUGGAUGGCUCACAACUUCCUUUAGCUAAAUCAAGACAAGACCGAGGUAUGUAUUGUUGGAGCCAAAGCACAGAGAGAGAAUCGGGCUGCACAUUUUAAUUCACAGGCAAUAAAGAUAAAACGCCAUGUAAAAAAAUCUAGGUGUUAUUUUAAAUUCUGAACUCUAUUUCAAUCACACAUUAGGAAUGUGACCAGAAUAGCGUUUUACCACCUGAGGAACAUUGCCAAGGUGUGGCCGUUUCUCAGGGAUGGGUUCAAAAGUAUUUGAUCCCCUGCUGAUUUUGUACUUGCCCACUGACAAAGAAAUGAUCAGUCUAUAAUUUUAAUGGUAGGUUUAUUUGAACAGUGAGAGCCAGAAUAACAACAAAAAAGUCAAGAAAAACGCAUGUAAAAAAUGUUAAUUGAUUUGCAUUUUAAUGAGGGAAAUAAGUAUUUGACCCCCUCUCAAUCAGAAAGAUUUCUGGCUCCCAGGUGUCUUUUAUACAGGUAACGAGCUGAGAUUAGGAGCACACUCUUAAAGGGAGUGCUCCUAAUCUCAGUUUGUUACCUGUAUAAAAGACACCUGUCCACAGAAGCAAUCAAUCAAUCAGAUUCCAAACUCUCCACCAUGGCCAAGACCAAAGAGCUCUCCAAGGAUGUCAGGGACAAGAUUGUAGACCUACACAAGGCUGGAAUGGGCUACAAGACCAUCGCCAAGCAGCUUGGUGAGGUGAUGACAACAGUUUGUGCGAUUAUUCUCAAAUGGAAGAAACACAAAAUAACUGUCAAUCUCCCUCGGCCUGGGGCUCCAUGCAAGAUCUCACCUCGUGGAGUUGCAAUGAUCAUGAGAACGGUGAGGAAUCGGCCUAGAACUACACGGGAGGAUCUUGUCAAUGAUCUCAAGGCAGCUGGGACCAUAGUCACCAAGAAAACAAUUGGUAACACACUACGCCGUGAAGGACUGAAAUCCUGCAGCGCCCGCAAGGUCCCCCUGCUCAAGAAAGCACAUAUACAGGCCCGUCUGAAGUUUGCCAAUGAACAUCUGAAUGAUUCAGAGGAGAACUGGGUGAAAGUGUUGUGGUCAGAUGAGACCAAAAUCGAGGUCUUUGGCAUCAACUCAACUCGCCGUGUUUGGAGGAGGAGUAAUGCUGCCUAUGACCCCAAGAACACCAUCCCCACCGUCAUGCUUUAGGGGUGUUUUUCUGCUUAGGGGACAGGACAACUUCACCGCAUCAAAGGGACGAUGGACGGGGCCAUGUACCGUCAAAUCUUGGGUGAGAACCUCCUUCCCUCAGCCAGGGCAUUGAAAAUGGGUCGUGGAUGGGUAUUCCAGCAUGACAAUGACCCAAAACACACGGCCAAGGCAACAAAGGAGUGGCUCAAGAAGAAGCACAUUAAGGUCCUGGAGUGGCCUAGCAAGUCUCCAGACCUUAAUCCCAUAGAAAAUCUGUGGAGGGAGCUGAAGGUUCGAGUUGCCAAACGUCAGCCUCGAAACCUUAAUGACUUGGAGAAGAUCUGCAAAGAGGAGUUGGACAAAAUCCCUCCUGAGAUGUGUGCAAACCUAGUGGCCAACUACAAGAAACGUCUGACCUCUGUGAUUGCCAACAAGGGUUUUGCCACCAAGUACUAAGUCAUGUUUUGCAGAGGGGUCAAAUACUUAUUUCCCUCAUUUAAAAUGCAAAUCAAUUUAUAACAUUUUUCACAUGCAUUUUUCUGGAUUUUUGUUGUUGUUAUUCUGUCUCUCACUGUUCAAAUAAACCUACCAUUAAAAUUAUAGACUGAUCAUGUCUUUGUCAGUGGGCAAACAUACAAAAUCAGCAGGGGAUCAAAUACUUUUUUCCCCUCACUAUAGGUGUGAUCAGAUUUUCCGAAGAGAGGGCGGGGUAGGGCCUUGUAGCAGUCUCAGAGCGUAGCAAUGAUCACUAGUUUGUGAUGCGAGUGUAGCACAGGAGCUGUGUUGAUAGAAUUUCGGUAGCAUUUUCCUCUGAUUUCCUUUAUUAAAGUCCCCAGCUACAAUAAAUGCGGCCUCAGGAUAUGCGGUUUCCAGUUUGCACAUAGUCCAGUGUAGUUCCUUGAGAGCCGUCGUGGUGUCUGCUUGGGGGGAAUAUACACGACAGUGACGAUGACCGAACAAAAUUAUCUCUGGAGGUAAUGCGGUCAGCAUUUGAUGGUGAGGUAUUCCAGAUCAGGAGAACAAAAGGACUUCAGUUCCUAUAUGUUACCACAAUGCUAUUGGUAAUGGUGAGAGGUUAGCAUGUCUUGGGGAUAUGAUCUUUGUGCCUCUGUAACUUUCUCACUCAUUAUUCACGAUUCAUUCAUGAUUAUCCGUAAUCCUGGUAGCAUCCACAUUUAAUGUAGGUGUUCAGAAACAUAUUCUAUUUCUAUUUACAAUACUUUGACUCCAACAUGGCACAAUACAUUAUUUACUAUUUAUUUAUAUUGGGCACAACAUAAUCUGAAACACAACCAAAACAAACUGCAAAUGCAUCCAACAACUUUGUAGAGUCACAAGCUUGAUGUAGUCAUUGAGUGCUAGGAAUAUGGGACCAAAUACUAAACGUUUGACUACUUUAAUACACAUGUAAGUGAAUUUGUCCAAAUACUUAUGACGCCUUCAAAUGGGGGGACUAAAUGCAUAAAGUGCUUUCAUUUCUAAAUGGUAAAACACAUGUAUGAAAAUACCGUCAAAUAAAAGGUGACAUUCUGUACUGUCGCCUCAUAUGAAACAUUUGAUCUCAUAUCCAAAAUGCUGUAGUAUAGAGCUAAAUUAAAAGUUUUAGCUGCACUUUCCAAAUAAAUAUGUAGGGGAGUGUAGGACCUACACUGCGGCAUCACAAAAGCAGUAAUUAUUUUACCUGCUGCACUGGAAGCAUACGUUUUGUUCAGCGCAAGCAGAGCGUCAGCCACUUUAUCUUAUUGCUCUGGAGCGUGAGCUGUGCGUCAGUUUUGAAAAUGGAGUGUAGUUUUAUGUUUGGGCAGCGGAAAUAUUGUGUGGAGCUGGCCUGCUCACCCCCAGGUUUCGUUGAAAUGAAUAGGAUCGUCUCACGCUCUGCAAAAGUUGCGGGUCCAAUGUUAGUGGCCAGUAAAACUUUAAGUGACCGAGUUAUGGCAUUCUUUGCAUGUAAACAACUAUUUUCACAUUUUGUGACUAUAAUCUUCAGGCAACCCAAAAAUUACUGCAGACUUGUCAUUCCCUGAGGAUAUGUAGCCAAAAGACUUGUAUAUAAAGUGACCCGUUUGGGCACGCAUGUCUAAACGUUUGUUAAAUCCUUGUGUAGAAGGCUGAUGGUGUGUGCAACACAAACUUUAAAAGGACCAAGAGCAGAGAAGAGGUGAUGCAGGCACUGCAGGACUUUGUGGGUUGCAACGCCCUAAUUCUGGUGAGUGUCUCUUUCUCUUAAAGCUGAAAUGUGCAUAAGGUGAAACAGAGCCACUGUUCGCCCUGGGCAUUUUAUUUGUUUUUUGUUGUUGUUAAUUAAACGGAAGAGCGGAGCAUCCAAUAUUUGCUGUACAUAUUCUGCUGGUCUAUCGCACGUGCAAUUAUGUGCCAUAAUGUCCACGGGGGAAAAAAGUGUUUGUUUGGAGUAACUUAUUUUUUGUAAUAUCGCAAAUGGACCAAGUACGGAUUCCAGCAUGAAUCCCCCUUUAUCCCCCAUCCUCUCUCAGGAUUAUAGCUAUCUUUCUCUCUUCUAUUUCAGAAGGGAUAUCUGAGACGAAUGAAGGAGCUUCGACUGGUGUUGGAGACAUCCAACUUCUUCAGAACACACGAGGUAAGCCAUUAAGCACUGCUUUCAUGGUAUUGAUGCUGGUCUAUGAAUGGAGAGGUGCACACUAACAUCUAUUUCUCUCUGCAGGUGGUGGGCAGCUCCCUACUUUUCGUGCAUGACAGUACAGGGAAGACAGGAGUAUGGAUGAUUGAUUUUGGGAGGACUGUUCCCCUGCCGCCACCUCUCACCCUAGACCACCGCACCUCCUGGAUAGAGGGCAACCGAGAGGAUGGGUACCUGUGGGGGCUGGAUAACCUCAUUGACGUCCUGACCGAUAUGCUGCAUCUCACCUGAACUGAACCUCACUCUUGACUGACUGACACAGGACCUCAUCCCAACCAAAACACCCUUUCCCACCUGAACCAAAUCUGAAUGGCCAUUUCAACUUUUACCUGAGAGGGUUGACAACCGAGAGACUGUUCACAUAUUGGACUUGGAUUCUGUGUUAGGGGUACUGGACUACUGUCUGUGGCUAUAAUGAAGGCAAUGGAAGAUGAACAGAGGUGUAUGUGAUGGACAAAGGAAAAUAGUAGCACAAAUUCCUCAGAAGAACUAGACAACAGCAAUGCAAAAUUAAACACUGCCAUUUUAUCUUCUUCCACAUCACUCCCCCUCCCCCCAAACAAAUGCCCCCAUUUUGUUCUAUUACAAUUGUACUUAAUAAUCAUCAGUUCUAAGUUUCUUACUCCACGUUUGAGGGCUAUAGGACCUAAACAAGCCAUUAUGCUCCCUUAAUAGAGGACUCAUAAAACCUAGUAGCCCUCUGCGACCUGUGUUAAUGAACACUGCCUUCAAGUUUGUUUAUUAGUCAUAUACUCAUGAUAUACAGUGCAUUCGGAAAGUGUUC